AUGAGUAACCCGCGGCCGAAUUUAAAUAAUUUUCUUAAUUGGUACACUGAACGUAAUGUGAAAACAAGACGAGAAAUGAAAACUAAAGCUUUGGAAUGCUGGCAGCCAAUUGUAAAAGAGAUUGUGGACUACGUGAAGAGUACAGAUGAUCGUUUCGCCUCUCUGCGUACUUUCCCCACCGGGAGCUAUUACGAAAGAGCAAAAGCUAAAGAGCCCAACGAGUUUGAUUUGAUGCUGGUCAUGGAGGAUUUACCUGUUCGUUACAUUGGUUACAGAAUCAGAGGAACCAGUUUCAUUUUUUACAUAAACGGCCUGAUCAGUUAUAUCGGUGACAUGAACACUGGAAACAGGGCAACAGAUUAUACACCAUUAGGUGGGUACAUCAGGUCUAUUCGCUUUUUUCAGUUUACCAAAUUAAUCACGUGUUUUCCAUCAACUAGCUUUUCCAAUCGUGUCUAGUUAGGCAACGAACAGUUGGGUUAGCGAACACUGCAAGGGCCAUAAUAUCCUCUGUAAUUUGUCACAUCUUAUUUUAAAACAUGGGUGUAAACUGCGAAAUAAAAAAGCGAUAGCGUCUUUUAGUUAAAACUAUCAUUAAGCCAAAUCAGGGAUGUCAAGUCACAUCGACAAAUAGCUUUUACUUUCAGCGAAGCGCUCUUAUAUAUAGAACCGCACCCGAUAACAACGUAAACAUCCAUAGAUAUAUAGUACAAAAUUAAUAUAGCCCCAAUUAUGCGCCAAUUAUACUAUGUCGAAUGUAAGUCGACCUUGUCACUGUUUUGGAAGCCAUCUUGACGGCUAGGUUGAACCUCGUGAGAAAUUACGUAUACAGUGUUUGUAUGAUAAUGUAAUGUCGAAUAAUAUCCGUAAAACGGCUGUUCUGAAAACAAUAUGAAUUGUGAACUAAAGCUAGCUACUGAAAGGAUUGUACUAAAAAAUCUUGGGGGAGAACCUGUGCUUAAAUUUCUCCAGAGGCUUGUUUUAGAUUCGUAUUUUGUUCAGAACAGCCGUUUAACGGAAAUUAUUCGACAUUAGAUUCUCCUAGAAACUCCGUAAUUUCUCACGCGGUUGUCAAGAUGGAUUCCAAAACCGUGACAAGGUCUUUUACCCAGGACACUGAUAAAACGUACCUAAACGCGCGGCAGGUACAAAACGCAGGUCACAGGUCACAGGUCAGGGCACAGGUCACAGGGCACAGGUCACAGGGUACAGGGCACAGGGCACAGGUCAUAGGGCACAGAAAACGCAGUAAAAACAGUUAAGACACUCCAUUAGGCUUUUUUGUUUUAUUUCCGGUUACGCCACAAUCAGGCAUAUGCUUGCCAUCGACCAUGCAAAGCCGUUUAUUUUCGAUAGCAAGCUUAAAAAGCUAAAUGAAAACCUACCAAAGUAUAUCCCAGCAAAGAUGAGGGAAAUCUCCAAGAAGAUCCUUGUGAGGCGAGCUCGGCUUCUUUGUAAUCUGUUUCCUGUAGAAUUAAAAAAAAAGUAAUGAAAACAGAAAUGAUCAAAGCCACAUUGCAUAUCCUAUACAUCUUUCAUUCGCGUAAUAAAAUGGAACAAAGCUCGGUCCUGGUGCAUGGACUGCUAACAGCGAUACCGAACAAGUACGUUAGGUUUUGAAGAUUAUAGUUAUAUAAAAAACUUUCAAAUUAUGCAAACGGUCUUGGUCUAAAAGGUGUCACUAUUUCGUAACUACGGCUAGAAUCAUACCAUGUUUCCAUUGCUCAACUUAAUGACAACUUAAGUCUUAAACAUCAAUGUACGCAGCAACAAACCGAAAUCGGCAAUUCACGAUUGCAGCACAGUCGAUAGUUAGCGAAGUAGACGUGUGUUGAUAAUUCACUAAGUUAUUUUUCAGUUCUUCAGUGGAACUGAGGCCAAAAUAACUUGUCAGCAAGUGCUGUUUUCUUACCUCGAAACUCUGGUCUUCCGCCAUGUUGCUUUCUGCACAGACGAGGCUAUUUUCCGUUCCAUUCUCCUCUCAGAGCCUCGUUCCAAGUCCGCUCGCGUGGAGCGAAGAAAAAGCCUCGUUUCGAGAUCUCCAGAGAAGGAACUCCUCAAGUUCCAAUACAAUGUGUAACUUUAGCCAUUUACUUGUUCAACCCUCAGUACAAAACCGGAAAGCAUGGUCGAUGGCAAGCAUAUGCCUGAUUGUGGCGUAACCAGAAAUAAAACAAAAAAGCCUAAUGGAGUGUCUUAACUGUUUUUACUGCGUUUUCUGUGCCCUAUGACCUGUGCCCUGUGCCCUGUAACCUGUGCCCUGUGCCCUGUGCCCUGUGACCUGUGACCUGUGCCCUGUGCCCUGUGACCUGUGCCCUGACCUGUGACCUGUGACCUGCGUUUUGUACCUGCCGCUAAACGCGUACCCCCGGCCGUUAUAAAAAAAACGAUGUUUCCACUUUCUAAGCAACGCGUUUUAUACAUCGGAAUUCCAUCGUGUUGUUUUUAUCCGGUUAAAUUACAUUAAAGUCUUUAGUACUUUUAAACUACCAGACAAAAUCAUAGUUCCAAUUAAACCUUGUGACAUGUCUUUAAAUGAGGUUAUGUUCCCUAUUUUUUUUCUGUGUUUAGGAUUCGUUCGAGUGUCCAUCAAUAAUGAAGCUAACCGUCUUAAGUGGAAGCGUGAUAGCUGUCUCACACAGGAAAUGUUAAACGCUUCACAAGUUAAAGCAGUCUUAAGAAGGCUUGUUGGCGAAGCCAUUGUAAAGCUGGGUUUUAAUCCAAGGUAAGCAAACAAGACUCAUUUAAACAGAGCCGGACAAGCAUUCGCGCAUUAAAAAAAUAUAUUUGGCUCGAGAAAAGCCAUGCGCGCGCAGAACGCGUGUUAAUUCUCUUUCCUUGUGUGCAAUAGUCUCGUACCACUGUAGGCCUCUUCUGGAACUACGCGAUUAUGCGCGCGUCUCACCGUCCUCCUUUCGGCUACGUUCGCUAAUAUUAAUCUAUUAAGCAGUCUCAUUAAGCUAUCUCAGUUUCCCAUAGCUUUAAAUAAGAGAUAACAUAGUAGCCAUGGGUCUUUCUCAAAAAUGCAAUCCGCCUCGUGUUCGAGUAUAACCAUUAAGAAAAAACGGCAAAAUCUUUACGUCAAGAAGGAAAAAAACGAGGAUCUUUCCUUUUUUACAGAUUGCUAAAUUACAGCUUUUUAGUUCAUUCUUUCCCUGCUCGCCGCUAGUUUGCUUUUAUUCCUCCGUUUUCGCCUUUUGCUGGGAGUUUAUUAGGCUUUUAUUUGUUCACUGGAAAAAACUGUUCAUCCCACUUUGUUGUGAAAGAUACAUGUUUUUUGUCGUUUUUCCCUCAGGCCGGCUAGAUUAAACCGCCAACAGUUGGUUAUCGAUUGAAAGAUCUAUUUCUCUUGCAUAAGUUGGGUGUUAAAGUCGUCUACGACAAUUAAAAGUUUCGGAGUCGAUGCCGAGCAGAAUAAUGAAUAAGGGAUUUGAACUGAACCAUCAAAUGAAAAAAAAACCAAUAUUUUGGGUUAAAACAUCUCGAAUUAUAAAACCACACGGUGAAGCAAAGAAAAAAACUCUUUGAACCGUGGUGGGAAUUGAACUCACGGCUACUGUGGCUGAUCGGACUGAGCCAGAUGACCUGAUGGGGACAGGUCAGGGGAUACCAUUAUGGUAGUGAAUGGCGACAAAAAGGAAAUGAAUGUUACUUUAAAAUGUUGAGCCGAGCAGCACUUGUAACUCAAAUGAUAGAAGAGAGAGUUAACUUAGCAUUUAAAUUUAACAGUCACGCAUAAUCUCACAAAUUCCAACUGAGCGUUCGCGGGAGCAUAGCGAAUGAGGGAGCUCAGCUUGAGAUAAGAAAUUAUUUUAAAAAUCUCGGUGCUAGUCAAACCCACGACCUCCGAAUUUGACACUGACAAUAAAAAGAUGAAUUCCUUCCCUGCUAAUUCCCAUCUUCAGAUCUGUUGCUGUUAAGUCACAUGGUCCAGCAAUCACCCUGUACAUAACCAACACAAAUGAUGGCACAAAGUAUUCUGUAGACUUGACCUUGGCUAUCAAAUUCAUUGACUGGCCCGAUGAAGCUAUUGAGUGGAUUACAAGGCGACCGGGACCUAGCCUGGGUUUCUCCCGAGGUAAGCAUAGUUUACGUAAUCUCCUGUAGCAAAAGCCGGUAUCCUGGUGAAUUCCCUGUCAUUUUAUUGGUGUUGAGUAAACGAGUGCCUUUUUGCUUAUAUGUUUUCACUUUUUGUUGCUAAUGAUCCGGUAAAUGUAGAUAGUCCUCCCUAUACAUACUCUCAGUUCUACGGAAGUUCGUUGCCUCUCUGAGGAUCCCCCAGAUGACCACUGGAAUUAUCGUUUGAGCUAUAUGCAGAAACUCCUGUUCACAAGGAGAAUGCUCGUUUUAUCGGUAACAAUUGUUAUGUUAUUUUUUUACUUGGUAAUUCAGGUUGGCCUAAUUCACUGCUCUUACAAGAAAUUCGUGACGGUGGUUGUCAUCUUGUUGCAAAACAACCAAAAGGAGACAACGUUCCUGAAGAUGAAAACGGAAUUUUCUGGAGAUUUUCUUUCUCUGCAGCUGAAAAGAAGCUGUUUCUCAGAGGAGGCGACGGUGAAGCCAGCUCUUGCCGCAAACAGAUUUUAAGAAUUUUGAAGGCCCUGAGAGAAGAGUUGCGUCUUCAUCCAUUGACAUCAUAUCACCUCAAAACCAUCUUGUUACACGAAUGUGAAGCUUAUCCACAUCCAAACCAGUGGAGCUAUGAUAGUUUAAGUGAGAGAUUCCUUAGCUUUCUGCAGAGACUGGAAGACUCUUUGAAACAGUUCAACUGCCCGCAUUACUUCAUCACACAUUUAAAUUUGUUCGAAUUCUUCGGUCGCCAAAGGUGUGAUGAAUUGGCUAAAAAAAUAAAGGAGAUAAUACUUCAUCCAGAGGAAGUCUUAAUAAACCUUAUCAAGUAA